UUAGCCAGUUCGGGAUUUUGGCCAGUUCCGAAUAAUUCGCUGAUAUAACAGGCGUUAAUAAAUAAAUACAUAAAUCGAAAAAAAUAUUGUUACCCUUAGUAAAAAGGCAUAUUAAUGCUCUAUCGAAUCUUGCAAAGUUUUGAUUUUUUCCGGUCGAUUUGUGUAAGAUAUCGAACUUGAAUAUAGUCGACCUACUUUUACAAUGCAACAAAUCCGGAUCACUUCGACGCUUUGACAUAAAGAAAUAAAAUUUUGUUGUAAACCAGUUACGUGUCUAAAAACAUUUGAGGUGUCAAAAGAGAAAUCAGUAAUGGGAAAAUGUAAGAAAACAGUUGCCAAAACACAUAGCCCACUUUUUGUAACAGCAUCUAAAGUUAAGAAAAAAUACUGCAGAGGAUUCCCUAAAUCCCCAUCAAAAGCAUCCAGAGCAAAGAAGGCUCUGUUUGAGGUACAGUCGGGGAAAAGUAUUAAUAAGUCUGCGGAAAAGUACAAAUUAUCCUUCGGUUAUCUCCAUAGGAGGGUGACUGGUGAAGUUUCUAUAGAAAGUAGAAAUGGACCAUCUCCUUUUUUAUCAGUCGUCGAAGAAAAUUCAAUUGCCAAUUAUGUGAGUGAAAUGGCACAAAGGGGAAUGGGAUUGGGGACAUCUGAUAUAUUAGAUCUGGUCCAAGAAUUCUUAAAAAAAGACAAGCGUAGAAACCCAUUUAAGGAUAGCAGGCCAAGCUAUUCGUGGUAUUAUGCAUUUAUGGCGAGACACUCGGACAAAUUAGAAAAAAAAGAAAAGAAACACUGCUUGAGGCCUCUCGCUCGAAAGUCACCAAAGAAAUUGUAGAUGAAUGGUUUUUAAAGUACAGAGCAUUUCUCUCAGAAAGAAACAUGCUGGAUAAACCACAUAGAAUAUACAAUGCAGAUGAGACGGGCUUUACGAUGGGGAGUAAGGCUGGAGUGGUUGUAGGACCAACAAGACAGAGGUAUACAGAGGACAUUCCGCACUUGUCAGGAGGAUCUACAAAACAACGUAUGACUGUGAUGUAUUGUGGUAAUGCUGAAGGAGUUCUUUUACCACCAUUUUUUGUGUAUCCAAAACCCCAGCCUACUGCAUAUGAUCCUUUAUUAGGAGCCACAAGAGGUUCUGCUAUACAUUACACAAAAAAAGGAUGGAUGGACUCAGAAGCUUUCUCCACAUUCAUCGACCAUUUUCAUAUGAAUGUAAGCAAGAAUGAUAGACCAGUUGUUCUUUUGAUUGACAGCGUAAGUUCACAUAUUAACAUGGACAUAUUUACAAAAGCAAGAAGAAGGGGAAUUGAAAUUUACAGACUAGUACCAAAUGCUACCCAUCUCAUGCAGCCCCUGGACAAAGGAGUUUUUGGUCCUCUGAAAAAAGAAUGGUAUGAUACAGUGCGCAAAAACACAAGAUUAAAUCCUGACAAGCCUAUUGACAAAAAAAGCUUUCCCUCAAAGUUGCAUGAAACUUAUGUUGCAUUUUAUAAACCAAGCAUUAUAAUUGGAGCAUUCAAAGGUUCUGGAAUCUAUCCUGUGAGGCGUUCUGCUAUUUCAAAUGACAGACUAAAACCAUCGUAUACUUUCAUUGACAAGGAAGAAGAUCCCGAAACAGAGAAGACUGUAACCAGAGAUGAUGAAGUGGAAACAAAAGCAGCUACUGAGGCUUUCCAACUAUACAGUGAUACUAUAGGUACACCAGCAAGAAAAAGGUAUGAACAGCGACUAGAAGAAGGAUGGGAUGUGGAAGGACUAUCCCCUGGCUUCACAGUGUAUAAGAAACUGAAAGAAAAGGCUCAUCCUCCUACCAUAAGUAGAACAAAUCCAAGAACUUGUCAACAAGUAUCACACACUACAUCCCAAGAGACUGCUAAGCAACACAGUGUUGAUAUUCCAUUGCCUUCCUCAGGACUGGAUCUGUUAGCAUGUGCAGCCUUAAGUUUACAAGAUGAAGAAAACAAAGAAAAUAUAAAAACUGACAGUAAUAUGCCAUGCAGUACCCCUGCUCCAGAUACAGUUGUAUCAAGUGUGUCACCUGCACUGGAAGAAAUGACAAGAUUACCUAAAAUAACCAAUAUUAAAAAACCAAAACCUAAAAAACUUAUAAGUUCUCUACCAUACAGUUUAACUUCACCCGAUGCUAUAAGACAAAUGGCUCUGCAAGAAUUGAAUUUUGCCAGGGAAAAAGCUAAAAAAGAAAAGGCCGCUAAGAUACGCUACUUAAAGAAGAAAGAGAAGGAGGCUAAAGCAAAUUCAUCUGUGAAAGACACCUGUCGGAAACGAUCUAAAUCAAAGUCCUCCAAAACUGCAAAUAUCAUGUAUGUGAAGAUGAAAUUUAAGAAGUGAAUUAUGCUUUCAUGAAUGUAAUUUUAGUUUUUUAUGAAUGAUAGUUCUUGUAUAUUAGCAUUACAAACUUUUUUGCAAAUAUUUUCCUUAAAUAGUACUUCAUUGCAUCCAUUAAAAAAGUGUUUCUCCAUUUGUUUAUCAGUGCUGUCUCAAUAUAUCUAUUAAUCAAUAUGUAUCAAUAUACUGUAGUAUUCAAGAAUGCAUUGUAUCAAAAAAUUGACUUCCAAUAUGUAUCGAGCAGACAGCUUUUUUCUUAUAUUUCUGUGAAAAUUCUGGGAAUUACAGUCAUCAGAGAUAAUUUUUAAACUUUUUUAACAAUUAAAACUGGUCAAUAUUAAUGAAAUAAACAUUAAGAAGGAGCCCGUCUUAAAUAAAUAUUGCAAAAUUCAUAGACAACAAUAUUGCAGUGUGUUAGUCUUACAGCCAUUAAAAGUUCAAUUUUGAACUGUACUUUGUAAUGACAAUGAGUCAUGAACUUCCAUUUUGGUAAAUUAAAUAAGAUAUCCAGGUGUAUCACAGUGAUGAUCACAGUGCAUCAAAUGAUUAACAUUCGAAAGACUUUUUUGAUAGAUUUUUAAAGAAUCCAAUAUAUCGCAUGUGGCUUAUAAAAGAUCUUAAUAUAUUUGAAGUAUUUCGGUCAGUACACAGCCUUAGUGUUUAUAUCCGAGCACUAUAUACUGACAUAAGUAUUGUUUCCUUAAAGUGCCAUAUUUUUUUUUCAAGAACUAUUCACAGUUUCCAAUAUUGUCUGCUUUGUAUAAUCAGUUUCAUUCCAUGCAGACUUUUUAGUUGUGAUUUUUAUAUUUCACAUAUGUAUGUUUUUUAACAUUUGAAAUGAUGCACAGAAUAGUUUUAAGAGAUGUUUUUAACAUGAAUAAUAAAUACAGGAAAGUUUUAUUUCAUAGCAGUAUUUAAUGUAUUUUUUAAAAAUAUUUUCCAAAUAUGAUUUCUAA